AUGCCCAGUCCCAGUAAAGAUGGAGGAACAAGCAUAGGUGUAGUAGGAAUUGGUUCGUUGGGUUGGAAAAGAUCGAAUUCGCCUUUGCAGAUACCUAAUACGUUGUUGGAAGAUCAGAACCAGGAUCAGGAUCAAGGAGGUCAAAGUCUAUCACUAUCCUUGACUGCUUUCCCAUCUUCUCCUCUGCCCUCAGCACUUGAUCCGUAA